CAAACAAAAGAUACCAUAAUUUCAUUAUCGGAAUGGAGUCCCACUCAAAGAUGAGAGGUUUGAAUUUUGAAAUAUAUCGAACGUGUUAAUGAUUGACGAGGGCCAUAAAUGAUACAAGUCGAAGUCGUUCUUGUGGACUUCAGGCAAGUGAGGUCUAAGGGGGUGUAGAGCGGAGAAAUUGUGACAGUCUGGAAACUGAAUCAAAAUGGAUAAAAUCAACCUGACGGAACUCGGGAAAAAGAAGGUCAUCGAAGUGAAAGGAUGGCAGUUCAACUACCGAGAGAUUGUCAUCUUUGUAUGCCUAUGUGUCAGUUUAAUAGCCACUCUUGCUUUGACGAUUGUCGUCGCGACCAAGGGAAGUUCUGGGAAUAUGACGGGUGGCACAGACGGACAAACUGGCACUGUCCCACCCAUGGCUGAUGAUGUAUGCAUGACUCCGCCAUGUCUCGAAUCAGCGUCCUAUCAAUUACUAGACAUGAACAGAAGCGCUCAUCCAUGCAAUGACUUCUACAAUUUUGCAUGUGGACGCUGGCCGAUGCUUAGUCCUCUUAACCCUGACGAAUCUGAAGUGACGCCAUUUACCCGCAUGAAUGGCGACAACCAGGAGAAACUCCGGAGGAUCCUUGAAUCUACCGACGGCCAUGAUCCAAACUGGGCAACUGGUAACAAAGUAAAGGCAAUAUUCGGUACAUGUCUCAAUGAAUAUGACAAGGGAUUAGAAGGUGGAAACGAUCUGCUUGACGUUAUUAGAGACUGUGGCGGCUGGGACGUGACGGGAGAUUGGGACGCACAGUCCUCGAAUUUCCUCUAUGCGUUCGAAAAAGUCCACAUUGAUUAUUGGACUGACGCACUCUUCCAGUUCAGAGUGGGCACCGACUGGUAUGACACUACAAAGCGUAUUAUUGAGAUAGUAAACGGGUCCAAAGGAUCAUUCCUGAUUGAAGUGACCAAGGGGAGUGUUGCCGCAUUCGAAGCAGCCAUAACAGCAGUGUCCGGUGAAGAUUUCAUAUUGUAG